GUGUCAUGAACUGUGCCUGCUGUGUGCACCGACCACCCAUGGUCGGAACUGUCCACGGUUUGUGCACCGACCACUCGUGUCCUGAACUGUCCCCUCUCUGUGCACUGACCACCCGUGUUCCGAAUUGCCCCGCUGUGUGUGCACUGACCACCCGUGUCCUGAUGGCAUGCCCGGAGUAUAGCUACCUGUGGUGCCCCUGAGUGCUUGAGCCAUCGCUACCCGUUGAGUCCCCAGUCCCGUUGAGUCCCCAAGGCCCCUGCGCAGUGGUAGGUUGCCGCCUGUUGCCCGAGGCCCCUGCCCAGUGGUAGGUUGCCGCCUGUUGCCCAAGGCCCCUGCCCAGUGGUAGGUUGCCGCCUGUUGCCCGAGCCCUUG